GCAGAAGCUGUGCGCAGCGCCAGCUGCCUUCGCCCCCUGCCCAGGCCGCGCACGCUCAGGGGUCUGCGCGCGCCCGCGCCGCGUCCCCGCGGGACCCGCGCGCCUCGUGCCUCGCGCCUCGCGCCUCAAGCCACGUCCCCGCCCCGGCCCCGCGCGCCGCAGAGUUGGCUGCUGGGCGGCGCGGGCCUGGGUGUGGUCGGCGGAUCUCCGCGGCGUUGGUCUCGGCGGUGCGCUGCGCUGCGCUCCGCACGCCCGGUCCGUGCGCCAGGAGCUGCGAGGCGCCCAGCCGACCCUCGGACGCCGGGUCCAAGCCGGCCCGAGCUCCCUCCAGUGGCUUUCAGUUGUAAGUUCCUGAGGUCAACAAAUUCAAGGAUGAGUGAGCUGGAACAGUUGAGGCAGGAAGCUGAGCAGCUGCGGAAUCAGAUCCAGGAUGCCAGGAAAGCAUGUAAUGAUGCAACGCUUGUUCAGAUCACCUCAAAUAUGGAUUCCGUGGGUCGAAUACAAAUGCGAACGAGACGUACACUAAGGGGUCACCUCGCUAAAAUCUAUGCCAUGCAUUGGGGAUAUGAUUCGAGGCUACUAGUCAGUGCUUCCCAAGAUGGAAAAUUAAUUAUUUGGGAUAGCUAUACAACAAAUAAGAUGCAUGCUAUUCCUUUGCGGUCCUCCUGGGUGAUGACUUGUGCUUAUGCUCCCUCUGGUAAUUACGUUGCUUGUGGAGGACUGGACAACAUCUGCUCAAUAUAUAACUUAAAAACCAGAGAGGGAAAUGUGAGAGUGAGCCGAGAGUUACCGGGUCACACAGGAUACUUGUCCUGCUGUCGUUUUUUAGAUGACAGUCAAAUUGUUACAAGUUCAGGAGAUACAACUUGUGCUUUAUGGGACAUCGAAACUGCCCAGCAGACCACUACCUUCACUGGGCAUUCUGGAGAUGUGAUGAGUCUUUCUCUAAGUCCUGACAUGAGGACUUUUGUUUCUGGUGCUUGUGAUGCCUCUUCCAAAUUAUGGGACAUUCGUGAUGGCAUGUGUAGACAGUCUUUCACUGGACAUGUGUCAGAUAUUAAUGCUGUCAGUUUUUUCCCAAACGGAUAUGCCUUUGCCACUGGCUCCGAUGAUGCCACUUGCCGUCUUUUUGACCUUCGUGCAGACCAGGAGUUAUUACUGUAUUCCCAUGACAAUAUCAUCUGUGGGAUCACUUCUGUAGCCUUCUCAAAAAGCGGGCGUCUGCUGUUAGCUGGGUAUGAUGACUUCAAUUGUAAUGUAUGGGACACGCUAAAAGGAGAUCGUGCAGGUGUUCUUGCUGGUCAUGACAACCGUGUCAGCUGUCUAGGUGUAACUGAUGACGGCAUGGCUGUGGCAACAGGGUCUUGGGACAGUUUUCUUAGAAUCUGGAAUUGAUAGUGUGUACAAAUUUUCUGUUCUCCACUGAUAUCUGGAGAAAUCAGUACUACAGCCUGUAGCUGUGAAAAAGAAUUUACCUUAUAUUUGCAGGUGAAGAUUUUUCUAUUGAGACAUUAUAUACAAAACAGCUUUCAGUAAACUACAAAACAAAAAAGGUGAAAAAGACAAGGUAAAGGUGCUUGCUGAGAUCAAAAGGACUGGUGUUAUAGUUUGAGAAGUUGAGCUAAUUUAACCUUGAUAAAUUUCUGCUUGUACUCAAGUCUGAUUAUUUUCUUUGUGCAGGACAGAAUGUACACAUUAUAACAGCCUAUCAUGUAUGAUUGUAUGUUUGCAUUUUUUAAGAACUACAUUUCUAAUUUUGUAUACAUAGGAAGUGUCGCAUUUUUGAGUUUUGUAAUAAAGGAACCAGGCACAGUAAUAGAUGGAAGUGGUAAGAUAGGUGUGUGUACUGAUGUUUGAAGACAGUCUCCUUGAAUUCCAAUCUUUCUCUUUGAUCUGGAAGAGAUCCUAGUUGCCUACUGUUUAAGAAUGCUGGCAGGCCUGGGUGUACCGCAAAGGUGAGUCCUUGUAUUAUUAGUUUCUGGUAUACCCUUGGCCAUCUUAACAAUUUAAAUAAGUACUCAUGUUCAGUCCUUUGAGGAGGAUAUAAUCUCAAGGUGGGGAGAGAUCUCACUCUGAAAUUUUAGCCAUACAUAAGAAACUCAUAAUAGGUAGAUGGCAAUAAUCACACACGGUUAUUUUUAAAAAGCUGGUUAUAAUCAAAUGACACUUUUGAUACCACUCUACCUAAAGUUGGGCUUUCCAAUUGAUUUUAUAUUCUAAAACAGUUUUCAGAGUGCAUUCAUUAUUUCAGAAGAUUGAUGAGCAUGUAGAUUGUUUUUGCAUGUGAAGAAUGUUUCUCAAUGUUCUCCAUCAAUAUAUAUCUAGGUAGGAAACACAAUGUGUUGGUGUUAAAUUUUUGAAAGAAGUGGCGUAAAAUCUAACCCAUUACUAGACCUGAUUAGUUAUAAUUGCAAGAAGGUUGCUUUAUCAGCUUAUGCUCACCUAACAUAAAAUCUGAAUUGACGUAAAUUAUCUGUGCCUUCAUAAAUUUAAAAAAGAAACAUUUAAGCUUUUUGAUCUUCUGUAAUAUUUCUCCUCAUUAGCACAAAAUACUGGUUUUUAAGUGGUUUUGCUUCAAAGAAUACUAAGAUCAAAGUGACCCCCACAUGAAAACCAAAAGGAAAUUCUAAUAGUAGUUCUUAAAGGAGUCAGAGGAAAAUAAUAAGCAAUUCCUCCGCUUGUCAGUGGUAUAUUAAUAUUUCUGUUACUAGAAUAGCCCCCCCUGAAUUUAAAAUAAGAUACCUUUUCCUUGGAUUUUCUCCUACAAAUCUAACUGGUUGACAGUAGAUUAGUCUUGCUUGAUGGUGAAGUCAUGGGGUUUUUCUGAUAUAGAAGUGAAUUUGUGUUUUUUAACUUAUUAAACUGUGUCACUAAUUAAGAUAGGUACCUUUAGGUAAGUGCAUCAACCAUAAUGAAGUCAGUAACUGUUUAAGAUCAGUUGAUAUCUAAAAAAAGAUAAAAUGGAAAAGGGAAGAUUUAGGUAUAGGACCAAAACACCCAGACUCUUGUAGAUGGCAGGCAUGAAUGUAUUAUUUAUAUACAGAUACAAAAUUUCUAUGAACUUUUGCUGUUAAUGUUUGUAGACAAUUUAUAUCACUUCAUAAAGAGCAGCUUUUUAAGAUAAUGGCAAGAAUGUUUCAAAGGAACAUACAUUCAUUUCCAGAAAUAGGGAACGAGUGAGUGAGUGUAGUUCAGCAAUUUAUUCCAAUAUCCUGUUCAAGAAAGCACUUCUGGGAGUUUCCGUCGUGGCUCAGCAGAAACAAAUCCGACUAGGAACCAUGAGGUUGCAGGUUCGAUCCCUGGCCUCCUGCUCAGUUGGGUCAAGGAUCUGGCGUUGCUGAGCACUGUAGUGUAGGUUGCAGACACUGCUCGGAUCUCGAGUUGCUUGUAGCUCCAGUUCAACCCCUAGCCAGGGAACCUCCGUAUGCCAUGGGUGCGGACCUAAAAAGACAAAAAAAACAAAAAAACAAAAAAAACAAAACACUCUGCCAUGUGCAAAAUAGCCUUAUAUAUAUAUAAAGACUAUCUCCUCUACUUUGAGAGUGGUUCUAGUAUCAAGAUACUUUAGUCAGAGGCAUACAGACUACAAGGAUUUUAGUCUUAAGCAUGUUAAUAAAAAUGACUUAGUGUUAUUAAAGUUUUUGUACAUAAUUAAAAAAAGCAAUUCCCAUAAUUAAAUAUGUACUAGGCACCUGAAAACUAACCACUAUCAUGGCUAUUUAUACAUAUGACGGAAGGGUGACCUCAUUACCACAUUAACUUACUAGUUAAACCUGUUUUCUAGUGAUAUGGGUUCCAGCUACUAAAUGUUUUUGUGGUUGGAAUUCAUCAGAUCGUCUUAUUUUAUUUUGUGUGUAAGACUUCCUGAAAUCAGUAAAAAGAGUAUAUAUAAUGUGUAGAACCAGAGUAGUUUGAAUCUCCGUUUUUCAAAACUUAAAAACAGAGCCAAAUGUAGUUUUAAGGAAUUGGUAUCAUCAAUAUUGCAGUUCUGGUACCUAAUUUUUUUAACUUGUAAGAAACAUUUAAACAUAAAACAGUAGUUUUAUCUGUAGAUUCUUUAAUCACUUCAUAAAGAACAGUAACAAAGAUGUGGCAAGUAAUAUCUUAAAAGGCACAUUAUUGUUUCCUAAAACAGUGGAGUGAUGCCGCAUGGUUCAGCAAAUCAUCCCAUAGACCUGCUCAAGAAAGCACUUUGAACUAUCAGUGAGGACAUUGCCUCCACUUUGAAGGACAGGCCUUAUUUUUGGCAGUUUUGCUAUUAAAGAUUUAGAGUGAAUAUCCAAGGUCCUCCUCUAACUCAAAUUUUUAUACUUGAGUCCAUGGUUACAACAAUAUAUUGAGUUUCAUCUUCAGAGAGGGAAAGAUUUAGGCAUAGUAUUUGAAGAAAUAAUUAUCAAGAGAUACUCUAAGAGAGCCUAGUAGGUAAUCUCUUUAAUUUAGAUGCAACUGAACUGAUUAAUACUGCAUGAUGAUAGUAAACUAGCCUCCUAGCUUCUGGAGUAUGUUAAGUAAUUUUGAAGUUGACCUAUGGAAAGAGAAAUAGCUCUUGGCUUCUUCAGAUGACAAAAUGAAAUGAUUGUUGCUAAUGCUGUGCCAAAAUUAUAUAACAUUCUCCAACACUUUUGAUGUCUUAGUGAUAAAUUAAGACUUCGUUUUAAAAAUGAAGAUGUUUGGGGAAAUGGUAUGCUUGAAUGUCUCACGUUUUAAGUUGUAACAGUUGAAUACUUGUGGCUUACCUAUUGAUGUGCUUAAACUUAGUGGAAACUGAUUAAACAAUCUCCCAAAUGGGCCUAUUAUUUUAGUAAUAAAGAUGUACUUUCUAAAUUUCUUAGGAUGUGGGUUAGUCUUACAAACAGUUUUAAAUUAAGGAUUCUGUACAGUCCAGUUUUCUAAUUUACCUUUUAAAUAAAGUAACCUAUCCCGUUUCUAAUUUGCCUUUUGCCAUUGUGGAAAGAAAAAUUUUAAACUGUUUCUUAUCUGCUGUUAGUCUUCCUGGUGGGUGUUUUAAAAAUCUCUUUUGAGAAAGGUGGCAUGGUGAAUAAAAUUGGUAUUUUAGAUUAAGUAGAAUAUGAAGUACACUUCAUAUAUACUAGUUUUUCUCCCAUUAUUCAUUUUAAGUUGCCUUAAAUUCAAGUGCUAUAACUAAAGUAUUGGUUACAGUAGGUACUCAUUAAAAUGGUUUGUAGUUGAAUGUCUAAGCUAGCAUUGCGUUAAAAAGUAAUUUAUUAUCAGAUUGAUGGUACACCUUGUAUUUAGCACAUUUGUUUGCAUGUUGAUAAAAUUUCCUAAGUCUUAUUUCUUAAAUCCAAUUAUUGAUCCUAUAGUUAAUGCAGCAUAUGAAAACUGGUUAUAUGUUUCAAUUGGUGUUAAAUGUGCCCCCCCCAAAAUCUUACAGCAGUUGUUUAAUAGAACUUCCAUGAUAUACUUAGAUACUUCAAGCCUUUUCUGUCUCUUACACAAUGGUGCUCUAUCCUGUUUUCUCUUUUCAAAGAAGCAUCUGAACACUUGUAUUUGCAUAUUCUCAUCCAAAGGCAUUCAUGUCCAAGUGGGGUUUUUAAGUUGAUUAAAAUGUUUUUCACAUAGAAGGGUUUCUACAAUACUUGUGGCCAACUGAAUCUGAAUGUCAGUAGUUUUGACUAUGGGAAAGGUGCAUAUACUAGAUUAAAGCUCUUAUAUAAAAAAAGCUUUAAACCAAACUAUGGAUUUGUAUCAUGAUUUAACAGUAUUCUUGGAUUUUUCUUGCAGUGUUUCAUUUCUUGUACAGUAGCUCUGUGAGAUAAUGUUGCUGUGAAUUGAUACUGUAAUCAAUAAAGUGCUUUUAACCAGA